AGAAGCCUGUAGAAGAAGAAGAAGAAAGUAGUGUAAUUGUAGUCGGUUCAAUUCGUGGUCAGUGAUUGCAUAUAGUUCUUCUGGAUAGAAUAUGGCUACGAUUCAUGGACGGUUCGUUCCGAUUCUUCUCGUAUUUGUGUGGUGUUUCGCCAAUAAUAUAGUUAGAAGCCAAAGAAAAACCGAUGGAGAAGACAAAAAGCACGGCGAUUUUGAAUGUCCCCACAGCACCGGUAAUGGAAAUUACGCGGAUCCCGCAACGUGUAAAAGAUUUUAUCAGUGUGUGGACGGAUUUCCUUACGUGAACAGGUGCCCAUCAGGACUAUAUUUCGACGAUAUUUCCAAAUUCUGCACGUUCAAAAACGAAGCUAGAUGUGGUCCCAUAGCCUCAACACCAGCUCCGGUCACGGAAGAACCAACGGACCUAGCUACAAAGUGCAAUCACGAAAAAUGCACAUUACCAUACUGCUUUUGCUCCAAAGACGGCACUCUCAUUCCCGGCGGAUUGGACCCGGAAGAUACUCCUCAGAUGAUAAUGCUAACGUUCGACGGGGCCGUAAACUUGAAUAAUUACGAUCACUACAGGAAAGUCCUCAACAACAAACAUCAAAAUCCGAACGGCUGUGAUAUCAGAGGGACGUUCUUCGUAUCGCACGAGUACAGCAACUAUCACAUGAUACAAGAAUUGGCCAGCGAGGGCCACGAAGUAGCCACUGAAACUAUAUCGCUACAAACUGGUUUGGAAAACAAAGGGUACGAAGAAUGGGUCGGAGAAAUGGUGGGAAUGAGGGAUAUACUUAAGCACCUUUCAAACAUAUCUAAGAGUGAUGUUGUAGGAAUGAGGGCGCCUUUUUUGAAGCCAGGACGCAAUACUCAAUACAAAGUGCUUGAAGAGUUCGGGUACAUAUACGACAGUUCUAUUGGUGCUCCCGCUCUACCUGUACCAGUUUGGCCGUACACUUUGGAUUACAAAAUCCCUCACGAAUGCAAAUCUGGAACCUGUCCCACAAAAUCCUUUCCAGGUGUUUGGGAAGUUCCUAUGAACACCCACUACGUAGAAGACUUCGAGGGCGGCCACUGCCCCUACCUGGACCAAUGCGUCCUCCACAACCACGACGCAGACGAGGUGUUCCAAUGGCUCCAGGAAGACUUCCUCAGGUACUACGACCAGAACAGAGCCCCCUACAUGAUGCCUUUCCACACCAACUGGUUCUCCAUAAAGGAACUCGAGCAAGGCCUGCACAAGUUCUUAAGCUGGACGCAAACAUUAUCUGAUGUUUGGUUUGUAACGGUGACCCAAGCACUGACGUGGAUGACGGACCCCAAGCCGCUGAGCCAAAUCAGGAACUACGAGCCGUGGGACUGCAAGAAGCGCGACAACCUGCCCCCGAAGCCGUGCAAGAUCCCCAACAAGUGCGCGCUGGCGUUCAAGCGGCCCGAGAUCAACAUCACGGACACCCGGUACCUGGAGACCUGCAACGAUUGCCCUCGCCAGUACCCUUGGUUGGACGACGCCAGCGGCUCGGGGAUACCCGGCAAGGACAACUACGUGCCGGACAACGUGAGGAAAUGAAGGCCGGACGGGAACGAUGAGGUAGUGGAUCCGUACGUUUGAUCGCUGGUAAAAUUUUACGUCGAGUCGUCCAUCUGAUUGCGGAAUUGUAUAUAAUAGGUAAAUGCGAGUGAUUUUUUGAGCGGUCAAAUGGGUAGUUUUGUUUUGUAUUUAUUUGAAGUAGGUACCUAAAUUUCAUUAAAAAAAUUCUGUUG